CCUGAUGUCUAACCAGCCAUUCAUUGGUGAGUGGUUGAAUCUAUUAUAUUGCUAAGCUUUUAUCAAGGCAUUGUACGGCAGUAUUUGCUACAUCAUCUUCUGGCUAGUUAUGACACUGCAAAAUGUGCUUCUCGAAUGCAUAAUUCCUCCGGCGCCAAUAAGCAAGCACAGUGUCACAUGGAGAGCUUGCCCUCUUGUCUCCUCGUCAAACCGGUGCCAGCUGCUCUGUCUUGCACCGAACCAAAGAUGAUUAUAUAUUUCUCGGAAGUUGCUUCAAAGCUUUUGAGUAAUACACCACUUCAAUACUGCUCCAGCUUAUAUAUAUGCUCGUAUGCUCCUCUCUUUGCCUCAUUUCCAGCAGUACUUUGUUUGGCCUGCUACUGCUAGCUCAGCUCGCAUACUUGUCUCGUCUCACGCAAAGCUGUGCCCUUUCACAUACGCCCUGUGAUGUGCAUCACCAGUAGAUCCCAGGUCCCAGCCAAUCUUGACGAGAGGGAAAUUCUUGUGGCUUUCUAAAAGGGUGUUUGCACUUUGCAGUGUGGUUUUUAUACAACUUCGCAGGUUCACUAGACACACACGAGAGAGAGAGAGAGAGAGAGAGAGAGAGAGAGAGAGAUGGGGAGGAAGCUGGGUCUUGACAAGGUUCUAGACUGCUUCUCCCUCUCCCUGUGCACGAACGCCUGCGUCUGCAUGCAUUCCGUGGAAGAAGACGAGGACGAGGCCAACGAGAGGAAGGCCCUGGUGAGCAGUCAGCUGGAAGAGCUGAUGAAGCUGAAGGAUUUUGUCGCUGGAGCUGCCAAGACUCUCGCCUUCCAUCUAGAGCCAAAGACUGUGGAGCUGAAGGUGUCCAUGCACUGCUAUGGAUGCGCCAAGAAAGUUCAGAAGCACAUCUCCAAGAUGGACGGUGUUACAUCGUUUGAGGUAGAUUUGGAGAACAAGAAGGUGGUUGUGAUGGGCGACAUCACACCGUAUGAGGUGCUGGAGAGCAUCUCCAAGGUGAUGAAGUUUGCAGAGCUGUGGGUGGCCCCCAACUCCAAGCAGCAAGCUGCAGAUAGGUAGAUGAGAUCUCAUCUCAUCAACCCUCGUCUUCAUUGCAUAGCAGAACUCAUCAGGAACCGUAACUAGGAAAGGAAGCAAUCGUUUGGAAUCUUUUGCUCCAGUGGAUAUUACAUUUCUGGUCAGCGGGCUGGUUAAUGUUCUUCCCGUAUGCUUGGUUCCUCAGCAGUGGUGUGUACAAGUACAAUAGAUCUGGGCAUCUGCAACAUGUUGCUCUGGGUUUUAUGUAAUAGGACAAUUGGGAAAUGCGGCUUGUACAAGAAACUUGUCUAACGCAUACGUCGGAUCAGUCGUGUAUCAAACACACAAAAUUCCCGGUAUGCUUUCCAUUAUCUUGAAAGCAGUAAUGGAUGUCGUACGUCUUUCUUUGGCACA